AUGGACGAAAUUAUAUCUGAAAUUAAAAUCUCUUUUAAAAAAAAUAAUUUUACAACGAAAGAGGAAGCUUGCUUAAAAAUUCUUGAAGGCUCACCUCGAAAUCAACACCUUUUCCUCACUGAAGGUGAAAUAAUUUUAGGAAGGAAAGAUACAAAUCACAUCGUUAUAAAUGAUCAAAAAAUUGAUAAGAAACAUGCAAAGAUUAAAAGUUACAAAGGAAAAGUUGAUAUCAUCGGUAUAGGUUCUAAAUCAGAAAUCUUUGUUAAUGGCAAACAACUUAAAUUUCGUACUUUAUAUACUUUAAAAAGAAAUGACGUAAUUAAAAUUGGACGUAGUACUUUUCAAUACAUUCCCGCUGGAGAAUAUAAAACUUAUAUUGACCCUCUUCUAAUGAUUUACAACGCCGCUUACUUGCGGAAAAGCUUGGAAAAUGAAUUUAAAAAUAGUCAAAAUUUGUGUUUAUUAUAUUAUAAUUUGGAUUGCUUUAAAGAAAUCAAUGAACAAUACGGCUGUGAGGCUGGAGAUUAUGUAUUAAUAGAGUUAUCAAAGUUAAUUCAAAAUAAAUAUGUUCGUGAUAAACAUAUUUUUGCUAGAUAUGGUGGAGAAGAAUUUAUAAUUCUAUUUAUUGAUACAAAUUUAAAGUUAGCCUAUGAAAUUGCUAAAGAAAUUCGUUCUUUUGUUGAGUCUUAUUCAUUUAUUUUCAAAGAAAAAAAACUACCACCGAUUACACUUAGCAUAGGUGUUACUGGCGUAAACUCCUUAGUAGAAAGUUUUAAAGACAUAUUAAAUCAUACCGAAGAAGCUUGUAGGAAAGCCAAACAAUAUGCACACAAGAUAUUGACCUCAACAUUCCAACCUCCCAUUCCGUCUCAAAUUCCACCUCUUUCUUCAAAAAACAAUAAGGUUUUGAAAAUUGAUAAAAAAUGGUACUCAAUUUUGGGUGAAAAAUUACCAUUAAUCGAACCCAAACAUUAUUUUAUGCUUAGUAAACUUAUCCCUCAACCAAAAUUUUCGUCUAGUAAGAUUUAUGGAAAUGUGGCAGCAGUUCUUCCAUAUAUUAGACAGAAAGUUAAAAUGUUGGGUGUUGAUAUUCUUAAAGCAGAAAACUUUGCAAAUUUAAUCAAUGAUGAAGAUGAUGAAUCUUCUGAUGAUGAAUCAAAGAAUGAAAGCAAAAAAUUAAUAAAAAUGAAUAGAUUAUCUAGAUUUGAUUGUCUUGCUACUUUAUUUGCCUCUGCUGAUUCUACUGUUGUUCAAAAUAUUUUUCAAAUUAUAUCUCAAUUUCCAAUUGCAAUUCCUUUAUUGAUACCCGUCUUAGAUGAAGCAGAGAAGUUUAAAGUAAUGCUUCCUUUAUAUACUGGACCAACUAUUAAAUGGUGUAUAAGCAAUGAAUCGAUUAUAGAAAAUCAUCUUUUUGAAGAUUCUUUUGAAAUGAUUGUUGCAGUUCGUAUUGGAAAGAAUCCUCAAGGAAAAAGUACCAUACUUAAUCGAUUGAUGACUUCAAAUUAUAUGUUCACAUCAUCUUCUGAGCCAAGGGCCGAUUAUGGAAGUCCACAUAUGAUUAAUGGAAGUGUUGAGUUUGUUUGGUUGACAGAAAAGACUUGUGGUCCCGAUCUAUGGAAUAAUGUUUUUAAAAGUUAUUAUGAAGAAGGAAGAAAUGAGAUUGUAUUGCUUGCAAAUUUACAUGGUGAUGCUUUAGAUUAUCCUGAUCAAAUUGAAUUUCUAAAGCAAUUACCUUCUUGUUUCUUGGUUUUCUUAAUGCCUGGACAUAAUGAAGAUCAAAAGGUUGAGUUUAGGAACUUAAUUGGUUCAAAAAAGGCUAUAUACAUCCAUGUUAAUUCCGAGAACAGUGUAGAUGAUUACACAAUUGAUACAAAUUCUUUAAUGAGUAAUGAAACAGUAGAAGAUGCUUGUAAAAUGUUUAAAGAUGUCUUAUAUCUUGAUCAUAUUGAUUUUACUGAUCUUGGUGAAUUUUCAAUUGGUACGUUAAAAGUUGGGGAAACACUUCAACUUGCUGAAAAUAUAGAGUGCAUUGAAUCUCAGGAAAUUAUAAAAUUUAUUAAGGAAAAAACUUGUCGUCGUACUAGAUUAGAAAUUAUGCAACUUCAAAAAAAACAAGGUGGAUCUGAUUGUAUACAAUUUUGGGAACGUGCACCAGAGUUACAAGAAUUAAUGCAAUUAUUCAGUUCCAUUAUGGUUCUACCAAUUAGAAUAAGAAGAAGAGCUUUAGCGCAUCUUGAAAAAGAAAUAUAUAGACUUUCUACAGUAGAAUCAUCUAAACUUCGAAAUGAAGCUGUUUCAAAAAGGAAAGAAUUAAAUUAUGAGAACAUUUUAUAUAAUGAUGAAGAAACAAUAAAUAAGAUUCGUGAAGAAAUUACAGAAAUUUGGGAAGAAGUAGAUAAUACAAGUUUGAGAAUAGAACAUUUCAUUCGUGAAUUAGGACAAAUGUAUAAAAUAUUUAUUUCUGAUCCAAAAAAAAUUACUUCCGAUAAUGGUCCAGCUAAAGAAAAUAUUUCGAAAUUACCAGAAUAUUAUGCAGAGUUAUUAAUUAGUGGUCAAACUAUAGAAUUGAUUGAUGGUGAUUCUGCAACUAUAUCUGAAGCUUGGUUCUUAGCUGUUUGUAAUUGUAUUGAUAAAAAAUUUCCUAAUCUUAGGAUUUUUGUAAUUAGUAUAAUUGGAUUACAAUCUUCUGGAAAGUCUACUCUCCUAAAUGCACUUUUUUCAAGUAAAUUUACUGUUUCAAAUGAACGUUGUACUAAAGGGAUUUUUAUGCAAUUCUUAUUUUUGGAAAAAGAAUUAUCUAAUCAACUUGGUUUUGAUGCUUUUAUCUUGAUUGAUACGGAAGGACUUGGUGCACCAGAAAAAAUGGGUAAUUCAGAAUUAGAAAAGAAAGUUCAAAUGUUAGCAACUUUUGCAUUACGAGUAAGCAAUUUAGCAAUUAUUAAUAUACUUGAAGAAUCAACAAGAAAAAUCUUACAAAUAGUCACUGAAAUAAUAAUACAUCUAGACAUGUCCCCUGAUAUAUUUAUGGUACAACAUGUUAUAGAAAAUAAUUCAACAAAUUUAAUAGAUUUAGAACAAAAUUUUUAUGAAAUUCUUCAAGGAGUUUUAGAAAUGUCCAAAAAAGAUAAUAAUAAGAUAGAAGCACGUAAUUUUGAACGUCUUAAUAAGGUGAAGGAUAAGAAACUUCUCAAAUUAUUUUCACCAUUUAAAAGUAGUACAACAAUUUAUUCUCCACCAUCAAAACAAUAUCAUAAGGAUGUUGCUAAUUUAUACAAUUCUAUAAUUGAUAAUUGUAAAAAUUCACAAAGUAAAAAAACAUUUUCAGAUUGGUUCUUAUUAGUUAAUAGUUAUUGGGGUGCAGUAUCACGUAAAAGUUCUUCAUUAGAAGAAAUUGAAGAAACAUAUGAUUUUGUUGAACUUGGAAAACAAAUUGCAAAAUUAAAAGGAACUAUUGAUAUGGCAUUUUUAAAACAUAAGGAAUUAAUAGAAAAUAAAGUUCGAUCUAUUGUUUAUAAAUGGUUUUCAAAUAAAGAUACAAAUGUGAAUUCAAGAUGUGAAAAAUUGAUUAAAAAGUUGAAUGAAAUUCCGGAGGUUAAAAGUCAAAAUAAUGAGAAAUGUAAAGAAGAGGCAAAUCAAACAAUCAUUAAUUAUAUUAUUUCUCGUCGUGAAUUUAUAUCCACAAAGCUUGAAAAUAUGCUUGAGGGUAUUUUAAUGCGAAAUAGGUUUUCUACAUUUAUUGAAAGAAAUCUAGAAAAGGUAUUUAGUACAUGGAAAAAAUUACCUGAUGAGAAGAAACUUGAUGAAGAAGCAAAUAAAAUAUGGAAACAAUUACGUGAUAGAGUAUCAGCAGAAAAUGAAGAUUUUAUAAAUGAAGAGAUAGAUAAUAUUGUAAAUGAAGAAUAUGGAACUACGUGGACAUCUAACUUUUUUAAAAAUUAUAAGUAUAGGGUUAUUCCAGAAUUAUCAAACAUUGAUGUAAUACGUGAUAAACGUAUGGAACAAAAUAAUAUUUCAAGACUUAAAAAGGACAUUAAUCUUGUAGUAGAACAAAUGUUAAAUAAUAUUACAAGGUUUAAUCCUAGAAUUGUACGUGAUCUUAAAAACAAAACAGAAAAAAAAUUGAAUGAUUUUUCAACUGAACUUAAUGUAAAAUUUAAUCCUAAUUUUGAAAAGAAUGUUCACGUAUACAUGUUAUUAAAUUUUAGAGAAAAAAUGGUAGAAAUACAAGACAAAUGGGAUAAAGAUAAUACACCACUUGGCGUGCUUGAUCAAAAGAAAGAUGAAUAUAUAGAAAUAAUUAGACUUCGUCUUCAAUAUGGUCAUUCAAAUAUGUAUAAAGGUCAUUUGACUGGGGCUUAUUUAUUGAGAGCUAUUCAUAAAAAAGCAAUAGAUGCAGAAAAUCGGGAUCGAAGAGAUGAUGUGCUUAGCAUUCCUUGGAUGAAAAAUUCUGAAACGAUUAGACUUAAAUAUUUUAUUGAACUUGCUGAACAAGUUCAUAACGGUGACAAACAUAAUGCUGUACAGCACUUUUUAAAACCUCGAGAAAGAAUUGAAGAAUGGUUUAAUAUUUGUGUUAAUAAUUAUAGAAGAAAAGAGAAAGGACGAAAAUAUAAAGAAACUUUUAAUACAGAAUUUGAUCAUGUUUAUCAGGAAAUUUGUAAUUUUAAAAGCUAUGAUGAUAUCAAAAAGUUUGUAAAUAAUUAUAUGACACAAGUUGAUGAUAUUGACUAUCAAUUAAACAUUAAAGAUAAUUCAAUUGUUGAAAAGUUUGACUUAUUUCGUGAAGCUAUCAUGAAAGAACUCAAUGCUAAAAGGAAUAAUCAUUAUCAACUAGAAGAGGACUUACUACCAAUUCUAUCUGAUGAUGAACUGAUUAAGAAAAGGCUUGGAUGCACAGAGCCAUGUUUCUGGUGCGGUGCUUUGUGUUGGGGAGAAAGAGGUCAUGAUAAAAACAGUGAUGAAACAAAAAUACAUCAUUCUAGCCAUCAAUCUGGAGGUCUUGAUGGGACACGAUAUAUGAGCACGGGUAAAUUAGUUGUAAUGGCAUGCCAUAAUCGUCCGGAUAGUACACCGAUGCAUUAUAAAUCAAUUAAAAAAACAUGGGGUAAUGCUAAGUCUACUGACUUCACAGAUUGGAAAUUUGGAACCCAUUACAUAACUGAUUUUAAUGAAAUGAUGUGUUGGUUUUUUGAAAUGUUACAUGAGGAUCUGGCAGAUGUGUAUAAUUUUAAACCGGCAGAUGAGUUAGAAUUAAGAAAACAUGGUUGCUUAGAAAAUGAUUACUAUAAAAUCAUUAGUGUAUUGCGGACAUUAUAA